GCCUGCACGACGACAACUUCGAGUUACGCGGGGUGUUGCCGAGAUAACGCAUCCGUUUGUCGUACCGGGAAGCGAUUCCACGUCGGGCGAAGCGUUCGUGCGCUACCGCAACCAUCAUAGCACUCCAUCAAGCGCGGGAACGUUUGGCGCGGGUGUAGCUGAAACCCGCGCUGCGAGUGACGCAUCGGAUGAAGUAUGGGCAUGGGCAAAUCGGUGCACAAGCGGAAUGCAUCCACAAACAAUGCCGUUGCAUGGGAAUAUGCGCGAGACUUGACCACGUUUCCACCCGACGCGAAGCAGUUCUACUUGGACUGUGCCAUCCUGAAUCCGCCAGAAGCACUGCCGAAACAAGUGUCGCAUUAGAAUUCCGGGGACGCAUGAAGGACAUCCGCGGCAAUACCAUUCAAACUGAACAUGCCAUCGUGAACCUACCCUAUGUGUGUCGGAGCGAGUGGCAGCACGGCGGGUCUGCAAACGACGGAGGACACGUGCCUCGAUGGAAUCAAUCGAGGUGCGAUGCACUCGACACAAGGAUCCCAACGGAUGCCACUCUACGUCACACACGGUAGUCGUAUCCAACAAGGCAUGGAGGAUUCUGCCGCCGUGCGUUUGUUUGAAAAUUUCUAGCUUUGCC